UCAUUUCAGAUGGAUUUAUAUACCCAUGUAGUAAGUGCACAAUGUAUGUGGAUUCUGCAUACAUGCAGACUGCCAUAACUCUGUCAGUGUUAUGCAUAUACAUGUAAUUCCUACUCUCAUGUAAGCUUUUGGGUCUGUUGCUUGCUCUGACAAAAUACAGGGAUCCAAUGGCUUCGUUUGUCACUCUAUCAGACAGUAUCGUAGAGGAGAACAAUGAGACGAAGCUAGCUCAGUUAGUACAGCAAAUGAUUCAGUAUUGUUCUACUUCUGGAAAACCAGAGGCUGUCCCACAGAAUCUGUUGUUGAAGUUAAUUACAAUGCUGAAUGUGGACUACAUGUUGUCACUGAAGACCAUGGCAUGUGCUUUAUUAAGCCUGUUAUGCCAUAAUGAUCCAGAUACAAAGGUGGCUGUGGUCAAGAAGGAAGUUCUAAGGCCCAUUUGGAACACAUGCACACACGUAUGUCGAGAUGGACUACCAGACUUGGAAUCUUCUAGUCAUAAAAGACUCCUUCAGUAUCUGGAGCAGAUGGUGCUGCUGUUACGUAAACUCUCCUAUGGGGAGGCAUACAACCAGUUUCAAAUACUCAAAGCCGGACUGAUCAAAUUGCUUUUGCAGAUAGCAGAUAUGCAGAACUUGUAUUUUUAUACAUAUCAUCCAGAAGCUGUAAGCUUCUUAAGAAAUUUUACCAAGGAAAAAGACCUAAUUGGCAAGGUAUCACCACUUGUUGAUGGAGAGAAAGAGGAGAUACUUUCCCAGUACCUAAAAUGUGACUCCAACAGCAUACUUCAGUCUGCAUCAUCUUUCGUUGUUGAACUUUAUGAUACCACUGAUAAAACCGUUGAUGUUGUAGUAAAAGAGGAAAUGCUAAAGCGAGGACUUGCAUGGCCAGAGAUAAAGCCUCCUUUAAAUACUCAGAAAGAGCAGAAUCAGAAAAUUUCCCAAUCAGAAUAUUUGGUGUCAGGUGAUGAGAUAAAGGAUAUCCCAGAGAGUACAGAUGACUGGUUAGAUAUCAGAGUCAGCCAUGUUAUCAGCCCUCAGUACUUCAUGGCAUAUGUGGGAGGACAGGACACUCUGAGCACAGUAGAACAAGUCCAGAAGACAAUAGCAGAGCAAGUAGACAGCAAAGGGGUGAAACUGAAAAAGCCUCCAGAACCUGGCCAGUUUGUGUGUGUCACAUUGGAUGGGAUGGGACACUGCCGUGGACAGGUGGGGGACAUGAGUGACAGUGACAAAAGGGCUCAUUCACUAUGA